AUGGUCCGAAAAAACAAACGUGUGGCAUAUUUUUGGUAUUUGGUGUCUAGUAUUUUCCAAGGCUCGGCGCCGGGGCUCUUUCAGCAGAAGCGCUCCGUGCCCGAGAGUACUGUGGCACCGCCGUCGAAGUUGGCAAAGACGGCCUCGAAGGCAGGGAGCCCCGUGACGCCGCAGAGGAAGGCCGCAGCUGCCGCACCGGCAGGACUGAGCUUGCAGAAGUCUCCAGGGGCCGUGCUCACGCUCGGACAGCGAGCGCGCAAAGAGCAAGAAGCUGGCUUGGCCAAGUUCGAAGCUUUCUUGGCCAGCGGUGACCCCAGCGCAGAGCAGGCAGAGGAAGCGGUGGGCUUCGUGGCUGCGUUGGAGCAGCAAAAGUUCGGCUUUGGCAUGGCCGAGGACUUGAAGCAGGGAGGGUUAUUCCUCGUAGCUUACACAAGCCUCAAGUUCCCGCAGGACCAGAAGACCGAAGAAGUGGACAGUUUGGUCAACCAACUGAAAGGGGACGAUGUCCCCACAGCAGUGUAUGAGGCGCUGCUCCGGAAGGAAGCUUAUUUUUUCAGCCGCCUCUUUCCGGCGGGGCAGCUGGGUGCUUUUGUGAAGGCCCUUGUGACCGUGUGCAACGCGGCAAAUCCAAAGUCUGCGGACCUACACACCAUUUUGGACCUACUCGGCCCAACAAUCCGUGCACUCCUCAGCCUUCCAGCGCCUGUGAAAUACCUCAAACAAAAAGCACACACAUGGCAAUCUGACCUGUCCAAAGCAAUUGCCGUGGGCAUGGCCGCUACGCGCGGCACAUACGGGCAUUUACUUUUUGCCGAGCAGGAGGUGCUGGAAGAAGUGCCUGCGGGCGAAGACGCAGGAGACGAAGAAGACGAGGAAGACAAGGGGCAGGAAGACCUCGGCUCGGCCGUGGGCGUGACCGAAGCGGAGCCCGUGGGCGAAGGGGCAGGAGAGGAAGAAGAUGAGGAAGACGAGGCAGCCCAACCCCAUGGCCCGGCGACGUGCAUUUUUUGCGACCCGCAGCGCCUCAACGAUGCCUUUUUGGAUGGGCCGGCAAGCCUGGCUCUGAAGAAGCGCUUCGCGCGUCUGUCGGCGGAGCAAAGAACUGCAGUGCUCCAGCGGGUCGCAGACCCAGGCUUCAGACAAUGGCUACAAGGCACAGGGCCCGCGCCAGAGCAGCGGGUGUCUCAAGUGGGCCCUGAAGUGCGGCAGGUAGCGGCCUACGAAAACCAGCUGGCCCGCGCAGAGGUUCCCUACAACGAGGCCACUCUGGAAGCACUCUAUGAGAAAGGUAGAGCCAUGUGGGCCGAGGCUCUGGGCAUGAGGCAGCUAGCAGGCGCCCCGCUCCGAACAAACACGGCCUUCAGAGAGCGCGUCGUCGAAGACCGCAAGAAGGCCUUGAACAUGCUGGGCAUUGCAGCAGAGCGGCUGCCACGCGGCCAGGAAGUGGACAACGGGGAUCCGUUGCCCAGAGCGCGGAGCACAGAGCAAGCUGCGGCACUACAGUUGUGGGCAGAGUUCAACUCCUGGGGUGUGUGCCCCCAGUGCAAAACUGUGCAGCCACGAGAGUUAACGCCUCAGGGAAUGGAGAAAGUGCUAAGCCCGUGGAUGGCGAAGUCUGCGUGCAUCUUCUGCCGAAACCAGCGGCGACCACCCCAAGUGCCAGAGCACGCAGACUUCGUGAAGCAGGUGACUCCCGAGAUCCUGGCCGCGCUGCGCCCGGUGGAGUGCGACUUUGGGCCUUUCCAGGCCCUGGCACGGCCGGCGGCCGCCCUCGCGAACAGAGUGCUGGAAUGGCUUUGGGAACACUCAGGCGACCGGCGCCAGCGCAAAAGAUGGCUGCGCUUCCUGGAGGGCGAGGGCCUGGAGUGCGCGCUGUGGCCGCACUUGUUUCUUCGAAGAGACAUGUGUUUGACGUGGGCCCGCUUGCAGUCUACCAGCCGGCAAAGCCGUGGCUCACACAAGUCGACAUUGGAGCAACGAGCCCGGGGGCAGGCAGCCGACGAAGAGGAGGAGGUAGCUGCGGAUGUGACGGGCACAAAGCGAAGCUACAUGGCUCUCGUCUUAUCCCCUGUCCUGGAUUUUUCUUUUUCCUACGAGCUUUUGCACUUUGCUUUCGACCUGAACUUGUGGACAGCGCUCGGAUCGAAGCGGAAUUUGCAUCUGGGAGUUCCCAUGAGGCUUCUGUUGAAAGGGCACCCCUUUACCUCUGCCUACUGGAGAGACAUGCACCGGGGACUGGUUGACCUCGUCCGACAAAAGGGUUACCCGCCGGUAUUCUCGACGCAAAGCCCCUUCGAAUGGUGCACGCCGAACCACUGCUGCAUCGUGGAUGGCCUGGCAGGCGCUGCGCCGGAGCAGACGGAGCCGAACGUGGCCGCCUAUGCCAGAGCCACGCAGACGGACCACAAGGCUCGCACCCCGUGGGCCGUGCAUGCCAGACCCAGCAGGUUCAACCCCAGCACUGGCAAGUACGAGCUGCGCCAUACGCAGGCGGACCAUGCCACCGGGACCCGAGGCUUCUUUGUGCCCACGCUCGAAGCGACCAAAUACCACCAAGACGUGCAGGUGGAAGGAGAGGGGCAGAGCAACUACGCAGCCUACAUGGCAAAAUACUCCUCCAAAUUUUCAGAUUCCUUCUACGAAGAGCUCCUGAACGACGACGCCGACGCCAACUCCGUGGCUGCCUCCGUGCUGUUACGAUACCACCCUUGUGUUCCGGAAAUGGCUCUGCAACUUUUCGGUUCUCUGCUGCAUCAGUGGCAUGUGACGACAUGGAGCCGAGGCCGCAAGGACUUCUUGGUCCCCGUCCCGGACGAGCCGUCCUUGCGCGCGGAAGUGCGGAACUACAUGGCGUCCGCGUGGCGCUCGGAGGACAUGUGCCUUCUAUAG